AUGACGAAUUUUGAUUUCCAUGAUUUGGGUAACAUUGGACCAAGGUUUACUUGGUGCAAUAACAAAGAAGGAGCCUCCCAGAUUUGGGAAAGGCUGGAUAGGUGUAUUCUGAACUCGGCUGCACUUCAGAAGAUUCCUAAAGCCGUUACUAGACAUCUAGUUAGAGUGGCUUCGGAUCAUAGUCCUAUUGCCUUCAAGAUUGAUGAAAAGAAAAAGGACUUUGGAGAUGAAGGUAUGAUUUUACAAAGGAAGAUUAUUAGAACUUUAAAAGAACUAUUUUUUUGGAGUAAAAAUAAGUUCAAAGAUUUGAACAAGAUGAAGGAAGAAUUGAAAAAGAAGAUUUUGGAUCUCCAACAUAAAGAAGCUGUAGGAAUUGAUUGGUCAGUUGAUGAUCUUCUUUUACUCAGAAGCAAAAUUGAUGAACUUAAUGUGACCUUGAGAAGAUUGUCCACUUGGUGGAAUCAAAGGGCAAAAGCAAGAUGGCAUGAAGAAGGAGACGUUAACUCAAAAUUGUUUCAUAAUUUUACUACGGCUAGAAGAAAUGGCAAUAGAGUGAAUCAAAUUAAAGAUAUGAAUAAUAAGAUUCAAGUUGAAGAAGAUAAAAUUGAGGAGAUUUUCAUUCAUUACUUUGAAGCAAAAUGGAAGGCUAGAGAUUGUGAAUUAUCAAGUUGGCCAGAGAUUUUUGAGAACAAAAAAUGUAAUAUAGAAAAGUUUACUGCUCUUACCAGUGAAUUUUCGGUGAAUGAAUUAUAG